AUGCUUCGGAGGGCAUGGCGUGCUGGUGGCAUUAUUGCCAUAGCAGGAGGCUCUUUUCUACUUGGAGCACGAUAUGGAAACGAAUGCCCAUUGAGGAGCGCACAGGCUGCCACUGCAGUAUCAGUAAGUCAGUUUUCUGACGUGCUCUGCUUGAUAUCUUUCAAUGAUAGUGACCCUCUUCUGAAUCUUGGAAGAGAGGAUGAAACUUAG